GUUUAAUUAGACGUUUCAUUUGUGUUUGCUACAUUCGUUCGCACGUCCGCAUGUUCUUAAUAUACAUAUACACAUACAUAUAAAUGUAGAGAUAUGUAGUAGCAAUCGCAUUUAUACAACACACUAUAUAAAAUCGUAUAUACGCCGCGUUUUACUGUAUGUUUUUGUUGUGUUUGAUUUGAAUACAUUGUCCGCGUAUCAUUAAAGUAGAAUUUUGCAAAAUUUCUUAUGAUUUCGUGUCGGUCGCGUGUUUUUAUUAUUGUUCCUGCAAAUGUCUUUGUUUUUAUGAUUGCCCAAAAUUUUAUUGCUUGGCAAUUUUGAAUUUCAUCUGCUGAAUGAUGCCGCUGGCUGGCGGCUAAAAGUGCGCCUAGUGUCGCUCAAAUCACACCAAUUAAUAUACUAUGUAUGAAUGAAACGUGUGAAAAGCGCGUGGAAAGUGUUGGAAAAUAUUAUUAAAAAAGUGAAAAACAAAAGUUUGUGAACCAAAAAAAAAAAUCAAAAAUUAAAAUUUUUAUAAAAAUAACACAGCUGCAGUAAUAGUGGCUGGACUCAACGUCGCACAAGUGAAACAGAAAUUUCGUAAAUACAUCGGCACAAGUGUGCAUAUGUUUGUGUGUGAAAAGGGUUUGUCAGCGUGACGUCUUUUUGUUUAGAUAGCAGCGCGCUUAUCAGCACAAACCGGAAUGGACGUCGAUAACAUGGAUAAAUAAACGCUACCAAUGUGAUUAGGCAAAUUCAAACCAAAGACUGAACAAAAAUAAAUCAAAAAAGAUAAAAAAAAUAGAACACUGAUAAGGUCAAACUAAAGCAAAACCACAACAACAAUACGAAAAAAAUUUUAAAAAGUAUACAAAAAAUACAAAACUAGCAUAAUACAACAUUUGUGCCAUCUAAGGACUUGCAGCAGUAUACCCUUAACAUGCAACAACGUAAUGUGCCAAAAACUUAUUACAUAAAACACAAACCACAACAACCAAAAAAGUAAACAAAUUAACGAAACCAAAGAUCUUAAACCAAAAUUAGUAUAUAACACCAAAUCGAACAACCAAAAAUUAAAUAAAAAAGUAUUUAAAGAUAAUAAAAAAAAGGAAGAAGCAGACAAAAAUCACCAAAAAUGUCGGGCAUAUUUCGUACGCAUUCAUUGAACAGCACCAGUCACUCAACGCCGCAGAAACGCUACUCCUUUGGCGCUUUUUGCACGAGUCCGAGCACACUGAAGGAUGUUACAAUGGAGCAUUCAUAUGGUGUUGGAUUUCCCUGUGUCAGCCUACAGGGUCACGGCACGACCUCGCCGCCGGUGCAGGGUCGCUCCGUGCGCGAAUUCGAAGAGCAAAUGGCAUCGCUGCGCAAAGAGAAUUUCAAUUUGAAGCUGCGUUUAUAUUUUCUCGAGGAGAGUGUGCCCGGUUAUCAUCAAGCGAAUGCCGAGGGUCAUGAAUCGCUUAUGAAGCAGCUGAUCGAAACAAAGGUUGAAAUUGAAAUUUUACGUAAGGAACUGGAGCAGAAACAGGAGUUAUUAAAGGAAGCUGCGCAGGCUAUGAAUCACAUGGAGGAGAUACAGAAAGAAACUGAGUCAAAGGGGCAGGCUUUUAUUGAGGAGCUCAAGCAGAAGAUACAGUUUUUGGAGAUGGAACGCGAUUUGGAUAAGACUCAGCAAAGCGGUUUUAUGAACGAUUUGCUAGGACAUUCAGAGAUUUCGGAAAAUGUCAAUACUUUACAAAAAAUACGUGAGCUUGAGGGCAUGGUCACACAGUCGGAGAGUAAAAUAAUGGCAAUGCAAACACAGAACAACAAGUUCGAAGAGUUGCUUGCGAAGCGUGAUGAGACAAUCAAGGAAUAUGAGGAGAAAGUGAAGGAAUUGGCUUUCCAAAAUGCUGAACUCUUGGAGAUGAUGGAGAACAAGGAAAAGGAUAUGGCCAAUAUUGAGCGCGACUUGAAGGAAAAGAAGAUCGCUUUGGCUGAUAAAUUGUGCGAGUUGGACGAUGCGCAACAGGAGUUGGUGAAGCUGCGCAAAAGCUAUGACACCGCCUGUCGUACGCUGCAACAGCUCUUGCAACGCGAGAAGCAGCAGCAACAAGAUGGCGGCAAUCGUGCUUUGAGCGACUCGGAGGCCUUGCAAAAUCACUUGCAGAAAUGCGAUCAUGAGCAUACGAUCAAGAAUCUUGAAGCCGAAGUCAAGAAGAAGACUGCAGCCUUGCAGAAUCUCGUCAACAAUGAACUUUGGCAAAAGAAUCGUGAAAUCGAACGUCUCACAAAGUUGGUCAAUGCUAAUACGACAUCACCACUCUCACCAACAGCCGCCCGCAAGAAUCUUGAGUCCCUCCAAUUGCAGCAAUCAUUCACCGAAAGUGACUACGCCAAAGCGCUGGAGCACAACAAACUGCUGCAACGUAAAGUGGAUGUGCUGAAUCAGCGUUUGAUCAGUGGACGUAGCAAUGAAGCGCUGAUCGAAGAAUUGCGCUUGGAAGCGCGUACAGCACGUGCCGAAGCCGACAAUGCAGAAACCUGUCGAGUCGCAUAUGCAAAAGUUUUCGGUGCGCUAUCGGAUCGUCUCUACGAGUUGGCCGGUUUCCUCAAUUCGCUUAUGAAGCACAAGGAGGUGUUGAGCUUCCUGUCAACGGAUCGACGACGUGCCAUGCGCACGGCUGUCGACUGCAGUCUCGAUUUGUCGACGAGCAUACGUGAAACGCUGACCACCGGCGAUCAAAGCUUUGAAGGUUUAAGCAAUUUAUCGCGCCUGCUAUUGGACGACGAUGAACAUGACGUUGUUGGACUCACCAAUAAGACAUUCAAUUCGCACGAACAAUUGCGUGCGCGUCACUCCUUCGAUGUGCUGCGCUCGGAGAAUAAGGCUUUGCGUAAGAUAUUGGAUAGUCGCCGCAGUUGUGGCGGCACUGCGGACUAUGCGAAGGAUGCCAAAGACCGACGCUCAUUGCCACCAUUUUUGUUGGAUAAUCUGAGCGAAUCGGAGGCCUGGUCCGAACCAGAUCGUCAAGUAUCGAUGGCGCGCAUCGGACUGGAGGAACACGGCGCUGCAGCGGCAAAUGUCUCAGUGAAGGACACGAUCAGCAAGCAAGCGCCUGCAACAGCCGACACUGACAGCGAGAGCGAAAGUGAUGCCUUGCAGCAGAGCCGCACAACAAAACUGCGCAAUCAGGAGCGUAUUGCGCAGCUGGAGAAGUUGAUUGCACAGCGUGAUGAGCGCAUCUUAAUGGUGCAGUUUCAAUUGGUCGAGGCUGACAACAAUCUGAAGAAGGAAUCUCUACGUGCCAUAUCGCUGACGCAAGAAGUCGAACAGUUGCGUCAACGCAAUGAAGAACUAAUCACCGAUCUGAUCGCGAUCGGCAGUGAGCCAUCCAAUACUAGCAACCCUACCAUCAACAGCUCGGUUAUACAGCGGCAGAUUGAUGAAAAAACGCGCGCUGUCGAACAAUUGCAAGCGGAGCGUGAUCGUAUCGCGGUGGAGGCGCGACUCGCCGAAGUACAAGUGGGCGCGCUGAAGGCCGACAUUGAAGACAUCAAGCAGAAGUAUGAAAUACAAUUGAAGUUGGCCAGCGAAAAAGAGCGUCAGCGCUUGGAUACGCUCAAGCAUGAAUUGGAGGAGCUCAUGCAACAGCGCCUGAAGGAGCAGGAGCGCAUACACAAGGACACAUUGACGCGUGAAUGGAUUGCACGCACCACUUACGAAGAGUGCAAAGCGCAAUUAACCGAACUGCAAACACAAUACAUUGAGGCGCAACGCAACAUCGACUACCUGACGGAAAACGAGCAAGAGCUCAAAGAAUCGCUGAUCACCAGCGAAAUGGAAGUUCGCAGCCUGAAAAAGCAAUUGGACGAAAGCGUGCUGCAAGCAUCCAAAUUUAUUACCGAACGCACAAAACUAUACAAUGAGAAGUUGCAAGUGGAGAAACGUUUAAUGGACGUGCAACAACAGCUGAGCACAGCUGAAAUACAACACACGACAACAACACAGCGUGUCAAAGAGCUGGAAGCGCUGCAACAAACGCUGAACGAACAAUUGGCGCAAGCGCAAUUAGCCUUGGCAGCUAAACGCCUAAAUGCCAGCGAUGCAUCUCAGUCGGGCUAUGCCUCGGACGAAGUGCAGAAGUCAAGUACGAAACGCGAAAGCAAUUCGUCGCCCGAUUUGGGUAUACACAGCGAUACGGGACGUGUGUCCAGCGUGGAAUUGUCAAAUCUGCAGCGCUCGCUGCUAAAGACUGUGCCUAUGCCCAGCGGUGGUGAGAAGGUCACACAGGAAGAUGUCAGAUACAGCAAACAGGAUAAGAGUAGCAUGAAUGCACUAGCGAGCAAGCGUCCACAACACAGCUCAUCCUCUGAUCUGGGUAUUGAGAGCGAUACGGGACGCACGUCCAGCAUGGAUAUCAAAAAUGAAUCCCCAACCCGCACAGAGACGGAUGACAGCAACACAGAGAAUAAGAUGAGUGUGGCGAACGUAAACACGAGUGCCACCGCCACCGCUGGCGCCAACGCAGGCACCCACCCCAUACACGAUUGCAUUAAGGUAGAACAAGAAAAUGCCGAAUUGCGACGCAAACUCGUACAAACGAAGCGCGCAUUCGAAGAGACCUAUAAGAAAUUGCACAUUGCAAAUCAGCGUAAAGAAACCUUCCAGAAAGAGAUUAAAGAUCAAAUACUAAAAACGAAAAAUGUACUAAAAUAUGCGCGCCUACAUAUGGCUAAAGUGCAGCAACCUAAUGCACCACAUCAUCAUGAAACCGAAGCACAUGAGCAAGAAACACAACACAAUCAACAACAGCAAAAACAACAUCAUCAUCAUCAACAACAACAACAACGUAAUGUAACAAAUGAUGGUGGCGCCAGCACGUCCAAAUCAAGUAGUGAUGCACCGCAUUAAUGUGUUAUUAUUGUUUUUGGAUGGUACAUACAUCCAAAUACAUGCACAAUCACACUCACGCACACACAAACAGCGAGAUUACUAAAUUUUAGCGCAAAGUGAAUGUAACUAAAUGCACAUGCAGUCAAUUAAUUGCAAUUGCACUCACUUCGCAUUAACCACAGAUACACACACACAGACAAAUAUAUUUACAUGACAUACCUAUAUGCUAAUUUAGUCAAAUAUUAGUUUAUUUAGCACAUAAAUGCUAGUUCUUAAGUUAUUUUUUGUAGCGUUUAAGCACUUUACCCUUACAUACAUACAUGCUUACACAUAUAUACUGUAUAAGGAAGUAAUUUUUGUUAUUGUUUCAUUUUUGCUAUUCAACCUAUGCACAUUGUAUGUAUUUAUAAAAUUUGUUGUUUGUAUGUAUAAAUUUUACUCGCGUCUAGCUUUAAGUAA